CUAUGUAGACAAUCUGUGUGAAUGUUGUAGACAUGCCACUUGAUCGGUACAAUAGAGGACUUGCCGGACACAACCAUUUCUAGAAAAUUAAGUGUCGGUCAGACACACGUUGCGGUAGGAUUCCAUUAGGGGAUUCUAGUACAGAUAAAGUCUGCCUAACUCAUGAGCGGAUCUGUCGUCGAUGAGGAGAUAGUUGACGAUGGUAGAUUAACACGUGCAAGAUCAAGUAGGAUCCCGUACGUGUUCAGGACCCUAGACGAGGGAGAAGAAAGACGGCUUCGUGCCGAACGCAGAGCCCGUGCUUUCGCAGCAUCGAGAGAAGCAGCAAACCUUGCAGCUACGGAACAGGCUGCAGCAGCAGCCAGGGCAGCAGCCAUGACUUCUUCAGCAGCAUCCUCCGCUGCAACUUCUGUUGCAUUCUCGUCUGGACCCCAGUUUGGAAUGCCAACAAGGUCCACGGGCACUUCCAGUUUAUCAGGUUCUAGACAAUCUACAAGUCAAAUGGAGGGCUCGCAGUACAGCCCGUUGACUCCUCGCGAAAGGGAGAUGAGGGAGCUCCAGCAGGUCAAAAGGAUCCGUGCACAGUUAGAGAAGGAUCUGAAAGAGGCUACCGAUAGAGAAAAAGAGAUAAAGAAUAGAACAGCCAGGCUUGAAACGUUAGAGACUAACAAAGCGAAGUUUGAGGGCUUAGAUGACUCAGGAAUGAAUGAGCCCAUGAAAGUGUUGAGGGACAACAUGUUGUCGCUGCAUGCGCGCUUGGACAGCAGGAUGGACUUCAUGCAAAACACUUUGGACCAGAUCCUGGACAUUUUGUCAAAACUAGGAUUCAGGCCACCAGCGCAAUCGCCGUUGCCGUUAACGGCGAUGUCAGGCCCCUUUCCAGUUCAAGCUGGUUCACAACCAAGUGGUAGGGGCAACUUAUUCCCAGGCUUCAAGCUCGGGAAACAUGUGAGGCCAGUGGAAGUAUUAGCUGCUUCUACUCAAGAUGAAGUAGGAAUGAUACCCUCCCUACUUCAUGACAAGGCCCAGGCUAAUGACCCCUUAGUCGCCCCGCAGACACAACUAGACCAGACUAUGCUCUGUACGUUAGAUGUGUCUGAAGCCUUAGAAGACUUGGAGAGUGAGUGGUCAAACAAGGACCCUCGCGAGUCUUGGGUGGCGCUGAGGAAAGGUCCUAGAGGGGAACAUUUCGUGGUGGAAGUCGAUGUAGAAGGCCGCAAAUGGGGUGCCUUCAUAGACAUAGGCUCCACGCGGAAUUACAUAAGUCGCGACUGUUUGGAAAGGCUGCACCUAAAGGACCGGGUACGACACCUUAGUAGACCAGUAGCAUCUACUUUGGCCAACAAGGAGCGCAUGAUUGUAACAGACUACAUCAAGGACGUAGUCUGUACCUUCUCCUAUGGAGGAGGUGUGCUUAACCAUAAGAUCUCGUUCUUAGUUAGCGACGACUUGCCAUUCGAUAUGCUGUUAGGCAUGUACAACCUCGAAGUUGCUAAGCCCCAGUUCGACUGGGAUAAGAAGGUGCUCAAACACAAGUUGCCCGAAGGCCGAACUGUCACAUUGACUAAGUUCAAGGCCAGUAGCAUUAUAGAUACCUAUGGCUGCUUGUGCGCAUCCGCGUUCUACAACUAUUACAAGCAAAACGAAGAGGAGGGUAUGUACCUUGUUUAUGUCUCUGAGAAGGGGGAGGUCGUUAAAACACCCCCAGAGAUAGAACGCGUCGUUGCUAAGUUCCCUGAUCUGUUCGAGGAGCCCACAGGAGUUGUUGAAAGGGAAGUCGUCCACGCUAUAGAAAUCAUUCCAGGGAGUAAGACCCCAAAGGGAAGGAUCUAUAGGAUGGCCCCCGUCGAGUUAGAUGAACUUCGGCGACAGCUUAAGGAGCUGACAGAGAAGGGUUGGAUUCGGCCUAGUGCUUCCCCUUACGGAUCACCCGUUCUAUUCGUACCGAAGAAAGGGGGUACAUUGAGGAUGCGCAUUGACUAUAGAGGCCUCAAUGCCAUCACUGUGAAGAACGCAGAGCCUCUACCUCGCAUAGACGACCUAUUGGAUAGGGUGCAGGGAUGCAAGUACUAUACCAAGAUAGACUUGAAAUAUGAAUAUCAUCAGAUCGCAAUAAGACCUGAGGACCAACACAAGACAACUUUUCAAACGCGUUAUGGUCUGUAUGAGUUUGUAGUGAUGCCCUUUGGUCUUUGCAAUGCGCCGGGUACAUUCCAGCACGCUAUGAAUCCGAUCUUCCAUGACCAUUUAGAUACGUUUGUUGUGGUCAACCUAGACGACAUUCUGAUCUUUAGUAAGUCUGCCGAGGAGCAUGCACAACAUGUUGAGACGGUACUUCAACUCCUUCGACAACACAAGUAUAAGGUCAACUUAGAAAAGUGUGCAUUCGGUCGCACUACGAUACUAUACUUGGGUCAUGUAGUAUCCGAGGAGGGAAUUAGGCCGGAAGAUGCGAAGUGGCUAGUAUUCGAGACUGGCCACAACCUUAGACAGUCACUGAGCAGUACCGACGUUAGUCCUAACCAACUGCACUUCGGAUGGAAGCCUAGAUCAGCAUUAGACUUCCUCCUACCUGAAAACCGACCUGCUGCAACUCUAGGCACACUUGAAUACGGUGUGCAAUAUGAGAAAUUGCUGCAAGAGGCUGUUGAACAUAUGAAGAAGGCUCAGCAUACCAUGAUUGCUUCUGAAAAUCAACAUCGCAGACAGUCCACAUUUCAGGUAGGGGAACGUGUCUGGGUCAAGGUUAGUGAGUUAGGACAAGAGUUCGGAAUAUCUCGCAAACUAAUGCCUCAAUACUUUGGUCCCUGGGAAGUCUUGGAUGUUGUGGGAGAUGAGUUGGAUGGUCCCACAUAUGUCAUUCGUGUCCCUGGACAUCUACGCACUCACCCAGUCUUUCAUGCCUCAAAGCUUGCACCUUCUGCUGAGACUGAUCAAUUCCCUUCCAAGAGAUCGAUGCUGCCCCCAACCAUGGAUGGACAAGUCGACAUCGACGAUAUUGUGGAUCACAGGGAUAUGCCUGUUCCGAAGCCGCUGGGUCGAGGAAGACCUCCUAAACCCAAGAGGGAGUACCGGAUCAGAUUCAGGCAUCAUACGGAUCCGAAAGAAGAUCGGUGGUUUACCCGAGAGGAACUGAUGGAAAUAGCUCCUCAGGUGGUGGUAGAUUAUGAACGGAAGCUAAAAGGGAAGGCACCUGCGAAGUAAGCAUCUCAGCGGACUUUCAAAGCUAAGGGGGAUGGAAUGUGAGGAUUGAGCCCUCAAGUAGGGGCCUUGCCAUGAUGUUAAUGUUCUGGGCUAAGGCCCCAACAAG